CAGACCGGCUAUCAGUCUGCCUAAAAACAACAAUCAAUCCACGUUUAUAUUUUGUUUAAAAAUAAAUAAAUAAAUAAAGUAAACAACACUGUGAAUAAAAAAACAGUUUAAUUGUCAAGUUAGUGUGUAAUUAAAAAAGCAAGAAUAAUAAUGGCUUUACUCAUACCAGAUCCAAGUAUCUUAUCUCACUUUGAUCUUGAUGAUGACGAUGAUUUUUUACGUGAUAUAUUUUCAAGGAGAAAAAUUCGCAGUCGUCUUGAUGCCAUUGCUCCAUUACGUAAGCGUCCUUAUUCACGAGCAUUAUCACACUCUCGUUUGUGGCCAGAACUUUUAUUGACAUCUGAUGUAUCAACACCAACUGUUAGACUUGACAAAAACAAAUUUCAAGUCAAUCUUGAUGUUCAUCAAUUCAAGCCAGAAGAGAUUGAAGUCAAGGUCAUUGACAAAUUCAUAACUGUUGAUGCUCAUCAUGAAGAACAACAGGAUGAACAUGGUUGGAUCUCACGUAAAUUUCAACGUAAAUAUUUAAUUCCUGAUGAUUGUGAUCCAGCUUUGAUUAAAUCAGCAUUGUCAUCUGAUGGUGUACUCACUCUGACUGCACCAAAAAAAGCUGAAUUAACAGAUGGAAAUGAAAGAAAAAUUCCAAUUGAAAUAACUGGUAAACCAGCUAUUCGUGAGACUGAAAAAUCAACAGAUGCAAGCUCCAGUGAGACUUCAGUUGAAACGUCAACAGGCAACAAAAAAUCAUCAUCUGUUAAAGUUGUUCGUGAUGAACAAGUUGGUCCCAAAGAUGUCAAACGUAGAAAGAAGGAUGUCGAAGCCUAAAUCAUCAACUUGAUUUAUCAUUUUUUUUUUUCUUUGAAUAUUUAUUUAAUCAUCAUUAUAAUUAUUAUUAUUUCAUAUAAAAAAUCAUUGAAUGAUUUGUUUUUUUUUUUUUCGCUAUUUAUCUAAACUCGAGUGUUAAUUUUAUUAUCAUCUCUUUUGUAUUUUUUCUAUUAAAACAUUAUUGUACCUCUAUUAAUCACAUAAAAAAAAAAAAAAAGAAUAAGGUUGUGAUGUAAAUAAAUUACAGCUAAAUAAAUAACUCAGGUCAAUAAUUAAAAUUAAAUUAAAUCUUGGUUGAUUUUUUUAUUUAUCUUUUUGCGUUUUUAAAAUGGAAUCAUUCUUCUUUUUUUUUGGUCUUAUGAUACUCUCAUUUGUUUUACAAAUUUAAUUUAAAUGGAUCUGCUACAAUGUUAUCCUGAUCUAUGGAAUCAAGUUGUAUUCCUGGAAUUAAAAAAAAUAAUGAUAAUAACAAUAGCACAACAGAGCCAUGCUGUCUACAACAUCAUCAAGUUUGUUCGUUGUCGACUGGUAUCGGCUGGUGUUUUUUUUUAUUAUUAAUUUGCAAAUAUGCUAUCAAAGAUUUCAACAUGUUGUGUUUUUAAUUGCAUAUACUAGCCAAUAAU